AUUUAGUUAAAACAGCUUUACUACCAAUAUUAUCUGGACCUCCAAACAUAACAAUUCCUGAACAUUAAUAGGAUUUCUAUUUUCCUUCUAGUAAAUUCCAUCCUUCUAAUGAAGUAUCAGUACGAAACCAACUAAGAUCAACUUACUUCCAAAAUUUGCAUUCAUUAACUUUGUCAUUAUGACAUAUGCCACAUUGAGAAGGACAUUCUUUAAAAGAGAUUUUGAUAUUUCUCAUGCCCCAGGCUUAUUUAUCUGCUUUCUAAAUUUAAGUACUAGCUAUGACGAUAGUAGCUGUUGGAGAAUUAUGAGCUACUUCAAAUUCAACGUCAUAAACUUUAUCACUGUUAGGGAUUUAAGGACCACCACAUAAUUAUUUUGCUCCUUUUGUAAAACCCCAUUUCAUUUCCCAAGGCACACCAUCUACAAACACUUAAAUUUUAUCAUUUUCCCAAUCGCCUAUUCUACAUAACUUUUGGGUAGUACUUCCACAAUUGUAUAAUAAAUUUAAGUCUAUAAUGAGGAGGAAUCUUAAUCAUUUUUGUUAAGGUAGUUUAAGAACCGAAUGACCGUAAACCUCCUAAAAUUUAUAUUGGCCCACAUUUUGUAAUAACAUCAAAAGUAGCUUCAUAUUGAUUUUGGAUCACCCAUCCUAUAUUUUGCUGACUUUAAAUUUGUACCAUUUAAAUCAUCAAUUUUUUCAUCUCUGAAUGCCUCAUAAGUAGGUAACCAUUGAGUUACUCCAAGAUCCAGAUUUGAUAUGAUCAAGAAC